AUGAAGAAAUCAAAAUUAAAUUUGUUUAACGAUUUGGUAAUGUACACUCCGGGAAACAAUAAGCGGAAGUCAUUUCGAUCAACUAAAAUCAUUGCAACAAUUAAGAGAGAAACUUCAAGGGAAGAAAUAUUGGGAAUGAUCACAGCUGGGAUGAAUGUAGCGAGAUUUGAUGCUUCAAGCGGUAAGAAAGAAGACUUUGAAAAUAUUGUAGCAUCUUUGAAAGUGUUUAAAGAAGUUGUGAAUGAAUGUAAUAAAAGUGGAGCAAUCAAAUCUGAAAACUUCUUCGUCACUCACAUCGCCUGUGCAUUGGAUUUGAAAGGAGUUUAUCUGGAAUCAGAAAUUUAUGGAAAAUCUGGUGACCCUGACGUCAAACUUUCACGUGGUGAUAAAAUUAUAUUCACUAAUCAUUCUGAGAGAAAAACGAAAUCAACUUCGCUAUGUGUUUACAUCAAUUACCGAAAUCUGUCAAAAUUUAAAUUGGGCCAACCCAUAAUCAUUAAUGAAAACAUUCAUUUGAUCGUUGAAAGCAUUGAACGUGCACCUCUUGAAGCUCUGAUUUGUGAUGUUGUCAAAGGUGGAAAGUUUGUUUGUGGUGAACGGAUGGAAGUUAAUUUUCCGGGAGCUAAAGCUGAUCUAGAUUUAGAAGCAAUCACUGAAGACACAAUUUCAGCAAUAAAUUUCUGUAAAAAGAACGAAAUUGACUUACUUUUCGUUUCUGUAAAUAAGCCGAGUGAUCUAGUUAAAAUCAAUUGUCAUGUCAAAGCUGACGGCGGUCUGCACACAGUUAAAGUCAUUGCGAAAAUAGAAUGUGAAGUUGUUCUUCAAUUUAUUGAGAUGAUUAUUGAACAAUCAGAUGGUUUUAUGAUCUCACGAGCUCGUUUGGGUCGCAAUAUUUCACCUGAACUUGUCACUGCUUUUCAAAAGAAUGUCAUUGCAGAGUGUUUGUGA